GAAGAAGUGCGUCGUAGAGUUGACAAUAUUGUGCUGUUAAAAACGUUUCAGAAUAACACAGAUUUUACCUUCUCCGGAACCGUGGUUCGACUGUGAAUUUGUUGUUAUAAGUCAUCAAAUUACCUACUACAAUGCGUGAGUGUAUCUCUAUUCAUGUUGGCCAAGCUGGCGUGCAGAUUGGUAAUGCAUGCUGGGAAUUGUAUUGCCUUGAACAUGGCAUUCAGCCUGAUGGUCAGAUGCUAUCUGACAAGAUUCUUGGAGAUGGUGAUGACAGCUUCAACACAUUCUUCUGUGAAACUGGGGCAGGAAAGCAUGUACCAAGGGCAGUUUUUGUGGACCUGGAGCCCACAGUAGUAGAUGAAGUUCGCACUGGCACGUACAAACAGCUAUUCCACCCUGAGCAGCUGAUUACUGGAAAGGAAGAUGCCGCUAACAACUAUGCCCGAGGUCACUACACCAUCGGCAAGGAGAUCGUGGACCUCGUUAUGGACCGCAUCCGAAAGCUGGCUGACCAGUGCACGGGUCUUGAGGGUUUUUUGGUCUUCCAUUCCUUUGGUGGUGGCACUGGCUCCGGCUUCACGUCCCUGCUUAUGGAAAAGCUGUCGAUUGACUACGGAAAGAAGAGCAAGCUGCAAUUGUCGAUCUACCCCGCCCCUCAGACUUCAACAGCUGUUGUCGAGCCCUACAAUUCCAUUCUCACCACCCACACCACGCUCGAACAUUCUGACUGUGCUUUCAUGGUUGACAAUGAAGCCAUUUUUGACAUCUGCCAACGUAACCUGGACAUUGAACGCCCCACCUACACCAACCUGAACAGGCUGAUUGGCCAGGUUGUAUCCUCGAUUACCGCUUCUCUCCGGUUUCAUGGCGCUCUGAACGUUGACCUGACCGAAUUCCAGACUAACUUGGUGCCCUACCCCCGCAUCCACUUCCCUCUGGUUACCUAUGCCCCUGUCAUCUCAGCUGAGAAGGCAUACCAUGAGCAGCAUACCGUAGCUGAUAUCACAAAUGCUUGUUUUGAGCCUGCCAACCAGAUGGUGAAAUGUGACCCAAGAAAUGGAAAGUACAUGGCCUGCUGCAUGCUGUACAGAGGGGACGUCGUGCCCAAGGACGUCAACGCUGCCAUCGCAACCAUCAAGACCAAGCGCACGGUCAUGUUCGUGGACUGGUGUCCAACUGGCUUCAAGGUUGGCAUCAACUACCAACCACCAACUGUGGUUCCUGGAGGGGACCUGGCAAAGGUACAGCGUGCCGUGUGCAUGUUGUCCAACACGACCGCCAUUGCUGAAGCCUGGGCUCGCCUGGACCACAAGUUUGACCUCAUGUACGCUAAGCGUGCCUUUGUUCACUGGUACGUGGGUGAGGGUAUGGAAGAAAUCGAGUUCACAGAAGCUCGCGAGGAUCUUGCAGCCCUGGAGAGGGAUUACGAGGAGGUCGGCAUGGAUACUGUUGAAGAAGAAGGAGAAGGAGAGGGUGAAGAGGAGUACUAAAUGUCUAUUCCAGUUUCAAUUUAGGUUGGCAGUAUUGUAAAAUUUUUCUGUUUAUCACAUACUUGUUGGAACCUCACGAUCAGUUUUUACCGAUAUACAGUAUGUCCACAAAGUCCCUUCGGGGUUUUGAAAAAUUGUGGUGUUCAAACAAAUUGAGCUAGCCACAUGCUGUUUGCGG